AUGAUCUCCUUGGGCUGCACCAUGGAAAUAUCAAGGAUCAAAGUUUACAUCUUAAACCCAAAGGGAAUCCUGAUUGCAUUGGUUUCUCAAUACGGGAUUAUGCCAUUAACAGCCUUCAGCCUCACCAAGGUAUUCAAACUGUCUCCCAUUGAAGCUAUCUCAGUCCUGAUCUGUGGCUGCUGUCCCGGUGGAACCGUUUCCAAUAUCUUCUCACUUGCAUUGAAUGGAGAUAUGAAUCUCAGUAUUGUGAUGACCACAUGUUCUACUACACUGGCGCUUGGCAUGAUGCCCCUCCUUCUUUAUCUCUACUGCAAAGGCCUGUCAUUAGUUAAUAAAGUGCCAUACAAAGAGAUUUCCAUAACCCUCGUCUCAACGCUCAUUCCUUGCAGCAUAGGCAUUUUUCUCAAUCACAGAUAUCCGCAGUAUUCAAGGACCAUAACCAAGACUGGCCUGUUUAUUCUUCUCAUUGCUGCAAUAAUAAUUGCCAUCUUGUCAGCAAUGUCGAUUGGGGAUAUUUUGUGGACACUUUUCUCUCCUCACCUAAUUAUCACCACAGUACUGAUGCCCAUUAUUGGAUACACUUCAGGAUAUGCUCUUGCGACCUUAUGCAGAUUACCUGAAAGGUGUAAACGGACUGUUUCCAUGGAAACUGGAUGCCAAAAUGUUCAGCUGUGUUCCACCAUCCUGAAAGUUGCAUUCUGCAGAGAGGAGAUUGGUGCUCUUUACUUAUUUCCAUUAAUCUUCUUGGUGUUUCAAGUUUCAGAAGCACUAAUUCUUGUUGUGAUCUAUCGAAGCUAUGAAAGGAUAAAAUCCACAGAUGCGACUGUGGUGUUGUUG